CAACCUUUUGGCUCUCAGGCAUGGGUCCAAGCUGAUCUUGAAAUGUUUGACCUUAUUGAGGAGCUCGAUAAAAACUUUUAUGAGUUUUUGAAUGUUCCAAACACAGCUCUCGCUUCGGAUAUUAAGCGGGCCUACCGAAAAUUGUCCUUGGAAAUGCAUCCUGACAAGAAUGUUAAUGAUCCAGAUGCUCAUGUGAAAUUCAGACAACUAUCUGUGAUUUAUCAGAUACUCAAAGACAAAGAUCGAAGGGAGCGUUAUGAUGACGUGCUAGAAAACGGCAUGCCUGAUUGGAAAACGCCUGUGUUUUACUAUCGCAAACUGCGAAAAAUGUCGAAUUUGGAGAUUGGUUUAUUGUCGUCGAUUCUUGUAAUAACUAUUCACUUUGCAACUUUAUGGGGGCUUACGUUUGAAAGACGGUGGAACCUGCGUGAACGCUUAGAAAACCACAUGAAAAGGCAUAAGGCUUCUGAAAAACGAAAAGUUGCAAUUGACAUUGAAAUCGCCGAACAACUGAAGGCAAUACCUUGGCCCAAUUUUUUGGAUAUUCUUCCGAUCGCCCUUGUGCGUGGGAUCUUCUCCUUCAUCCUGUCAGUUCCUACUUUAUGCCGUGAGCUGCGACAAACUCUUUUCCACUCCGUAGAGCAGGUGAUAAAGGAACGACAAGAGCUGAAAGAAAUCAAGAAGAUGCAAAGCGAGCGUUUGCAAAAGAGAGGACAGAAGAAAAGGCAUACUGUCGAAACUGGUGGAAGGCAACAGAAUCCGGUCGCAGAAUUUGACGAACUAACUCCCUCUGUUUACCAAAUAAGCAAUCUUGUUUCCACGUGUGAGGAAGUCUCAGAAAAGGAGCCUGAAGGAACGGAGCAACCAUGGACAGCGGAUGACGAAUUGUUGCUAGUGAGACUUGCAAACAAGUACCCCGGUGGUUAUCCAAAUCGAUGGAAAAAGAUUGCAGAAAUGCUGGGUAGAACGGUCAGCGAUGUGACCUCUAAGGCCGCCACCAUUGCCAGCGAUUUGUCUUCUCGCAGCCUCCUUAGUCCUAGUGUAGAUGAGUCGUCGGGUGAGGAGAGUGACGAGGAUGACUACUAUUUGUCGAAGCGGAAAGCGAAGCGAGCCGGAAAGCCGUUGCCGAAAAGUGAGUCACAACCGGAGCCAAGUCAGGAGCCUCUUGGUGAGUUGUAUUAUUCACUUUCCUCUUCUUUAGUUUCCUUUCUCUCUCUCCCCUUCCUUUUUAUGCCCACUAUUACAAGGAAUAAUAGACAUCAACAUGUAGUGGACGAUGCAGGAGAAGAAGCUGAUGAUGAUGACGAUAGUGGUGACGUGUACGUGAGCCGCAAGAAGCAAAAACAGUCGGCGAAAACCGCGGCCACUUCAAACACCAAUUCCCCUGAAGUGCCCGGCUCCACGGGCUGGAGUCAGAAGGAGCAGAAUCAGCUGGAAACGGCCAUUUCCGCGAUCCCAAAAGGAACUCCUGAAAGGUGGCAUCUGAUAGCCGAGUGUGUUCCCUCAAAGACUCCGGUAAGCUGGGGCAUAAAAAUCUGCCAAUAUCUACUCGAUUUGGUUUCCUCGAUGUUGGAAAAUCAACCAAUUUAUCUUCUCAUAUCGUUUAAUCUUGUAAAGCCAGUUUGA